CCUUGGCCCUACCCUAGCCAGUUUCUUGGAGCAUGCGCAAUUGCCUUUCCGGCCUUUCCUGCCUUGGGCGUACGUCAAGAUGGCGGCCUCCGUAUUGCGUUCAUUGCGGAGGCGCCUUCCUAGCUUUUCGCCCUUCAGAGGUGCCUACGGAGUUCAGGUUCCCCUCCAGAGCCUUUGCACCAAAGGCCCCCCUGAGGAAGAUUCUUUGUCCCCAGUUCCCAUAACCCCUUAUAAGAAUGAACCCUGGAAAUAUCUGGACUCAGAAGAAUACCAGAACCGUUAUGGCUCUCGCCCCGUCUGGGCUGACUACCGUAGAAACCACAAAGGUGGAAUACCCCCACAGCGGACUCGAAAGACAUGUAUUCGUAGAGAUAAAGUUGCUGGGAAUCCCUGCCCCAUCUGCCGGGAUCACAAGCUGCAUGUUGACUUUAGGAACGUGAAGCUCUUGGAACAGUUUGUCUGCGCCCAUACAGGUGUCAUCUUCCAUGCUCCAUAUACAGGGGUCUGUAUGAAGCAACAUAAGAAGUUGACCCAGGCCAUCCAGAAAGCCAGAGAUCAUGGUCUCCUCAGUUACCACAUUCCUCAGGUUGAACCUCGGGACCUUGACUUCAGUACCUCUCAUGGAGCUGUGAGUGCUACUCCACCAGCCCCCACCCUGGUUUCAGGUGACCCCUGGUAUCCAUGGUAUGGCUGGAAACAGCCACCAGAGAGAGAGCUGUCCCGCCUUCGACGGCUCUAUCAGGGACAUCUCCAAGAAGAGAGUGGUCCCCCACCUGAGUCAAUGCCUGAGGUGCUGCUCACAACCCCAGCUGAAGCCGCCUCCACUGAGCAGAAGCCCCAGAGUGCUCUGUAGACUGGGAAGGAAUUAAGAGAUAGUGCCUAGGAAUUACAUGAUGGGAUUUCACUCUGAAGAGUUGUGUCUGUAUGUGGCCAAUGGCAGGCCUAGGGCCAGAGAGAAGUAAUGAUGGCUGUUGAAGGGAAUAAAUGCUUCUGAGGCUUAGGGGAGGGCAGGACAGAUGUGUAUGGGAAACCCCAAACCCUAUAUAUUGUAAAUAGUAGAUAGGCUAAACAUUCUGUACUUGCUUCAGAUUUCUGCUAACUUGGCUUUCCCACAAUAAAGCUGUAUCUCCUGUUUCUGGA